CCCCGCCUCCCUGCGCGGGCUCGGAGCGGAGAAGUGGGGGUGGGACUUCCGGGGCCGGUUCGCCCUCCUCGGAAAUGACAUCAGAGUGUCAACAUGCAAGAUGGCGGCGCAUCACCGGCAGAACACGGCGGGGCGGCGGAAAGUGCAGGUCUCCUAUGUGAUUAGAGAUGAAGUGGAGAAGUAUAACCGAAAUGGGGUAAAUGCACUUCAGCUGGAUCCAGCAUUAAAUAGACUCUUCACCGCAGGCCGAGACUCUAUUAUAAGGAUAUGGAGUGUCAAUCAGCACAAGCAAGACCCUUAUAUAGCAUCUAUGGAACAUCACACGGAUUGGGUAAAUGAUAUUGUGCUCUGCUGCAAUGGUAAAACAUUGAUAUCUGCUUCUUCAGAUACUACUGUUAAAGUGUGGAAUGCACAUAAGGGAUUUUGCAUGUCAACACUAAGGACGCAUAAGGAUUAUGUGAAAGCCUUAGCAUAUGCAAAAGAUAAAGAACUGGUAGCAUCUGCUGGGCUGGACAGACAGAUAUUCCUCUGGGAUGUAAAUACUCUAACAGCACUGACUGCCUCAAAUAACACCGUAACAACUUCUUCCCUGAGUGGGAACAAAGACUCCAUCUACAGCCUGGCGAUGAAUCAAAUGGGAACAGUUAUUGUAUCAGGGUCCACUGAAAAGGUUCUAAGGGUGUGGGAUCCAAGAACUUGUGCAAAACUAAUGAAACUCAAAGGGCACACGGACAACGUAAAAGCUUUGCUGUUGAACAGAGAUGGCACCCAGUGUCUUUCAGGCAGCUCUGAUGGGACCAUCCGCCUGUGGUCCCUUGGGCAGCAGAGAUGCAUAGCCACGUAUCGAGUCCACGACGAAGGCGUUUGGGCUCUGCAGGUCAAUGAGGCCUUCACUCACGUUUAUUCGGGAGGAAGAGACAGGAAGAUUUAUUGUACAGAUUUACGAAACCCUGAUAUCCGUGUGCUUAUCUGUGAAGAAAAAGCACCAGUUCUUAAGAUGGAACUUGAUAGAUCAGCUGAUCCUCCUCCAGCACUUUGGGUUGCAACAACUAAAUCCUCUGUGAAUAAAUGGACUUUGAAGGGAAUUCAUAAUUUUAGAGCGUCUGGAGAUUACGAUAAUGAUUGUACCAAUCCCAUACCACCCCUGUGUACACAGCCUGACCAAGUUAUAAAAGGGGGUGCUAGUAUUAUUCAGUGCCACAUUCUUAACGACAAGAGACACAUAUUAACCAAAGACACAAAUAAUAAUGUGGCAUACUGGGAUGUCUUGAAGGCAUGUAAAGUUGAAGACCUGGGGAAAGUCGAUUUUGAAGAAGAAAUUAAGAAGAGAUUUAAAAUGGUGUAUGUGCCAAACUGGUUCUCAGUAGACUUGAAAACUGGGAUGUUGACAAUUACUUUGGAUGAAAGCGACUGCUUUGCAGCCUGGGUUUCAGCAAAGGAUGCUGGAUUUAGCAGUCCAGAUGGUUCUGAUCCAAAAUUAAACCUUGGAGGGCUUCUCCUGCAAGCACUUCUGGAGUAUUGGCCUAGAACACAUAUCAAUCCAAUGGAUGAAGAAGAAAAUGAAAUAAAUCAUGUGAAUGGUGAGCAGGAGAACAGAGUCCAGAAAGGAAAUGGAUACUUCCAAGUGCCACCACAUACACCGGUUAUUUUUGGUGAGGCUGGAGGACGCACUUUGUUCAGGUUAUUAUGUCGGGAUUCAGGUGGUGAAACGGAAUCUAUGCUUCUGAAUGAAACUGUGCCACAAUGGGUGAUCGACAUCACUGUGGAUAAAAAUAUGCCCAAAUUCAAUAAGAUUCCCUUCUACCUCCAACCUCAUUCAUCAUCCGGGGCAAAAACUCUGAAGAAAGACCGACUAUCAGCAAGUGAUAUGCUGCAGGUGAGAAAGGUGAUGGAACACGUGUAUGAGAAAAUCAUCAACUUGGAUAACGAGUCCCAGACAACCAGCUCUUCCAAUAAUGAAAAAGCAGGAGAACAAGAAAAAGAGGAGGACAUCGCUGUGCUAGCGGAGGAGAAGAUUGAACUGCUGUGCCAGGACCAGGUUUUGGAUCCGAAUAUGGACCUUCGAACCGUAAAGCACUUCAUUUGGAAGAGCGGGGGUGACCUGACGCUUCAUUAUCGCCAGAAAUCGACGUGAAGGGAGUGGUGGACCCGAGUGGUUACUCAUUUACUUGACCGUACUGUACUGGUUCCAAGAGUUAGUACUAUAGAAGCCCACUGAACCCCUAAGGUAGAUGAGACUUCUAAUGACUCAGUAUGGACGGAAAGUAUACAUUUAAUUGAAGCGACUAAUAGAUCUGUAAUAUAGAGGAAAAAAUAAUCUAUAUGACUUAAACUAAAGUCUGUCCUUGUCUCAGCCAAUGAGAUGGGAAGUCCCUGAGUGGUUGGUGUUGUGUGAGGUGUACAGAGAACGGGUGAUAACCCAGUGCAGACUUUUGCUUCCUCCUUUUGGCUUUCUUGUUUUUCCAGAACAUAAUAUCUUCAUCUGCUCAUGCUCGAUACUAAACCAUUUUGACCACAUUAGUCGCUGCGUUCACAGAAUAAUCCUGAACCACACACGAGGUAUUUUUAGUACAUUCCAUUCAUAAAGUUCCAACAGUGCUACUCAAACAUUUCUACCACUUAAAGAAAUUGGGAAAACAGCAGAAAAUAGGUAUUGCCUACUUGAAAGAAUCGGCCUGUUUAAUUGCAAACGAAGGGUUAACGUCAGAUUUGUUUUAAUAUUGCAACUCAGUUGCUAUUGGCACAAAGAGUAAGAACACUAGAUAAAUAUUGCAGCAGGGUCGGUCCAAUGGUGCUGUGCAUCAUAACAGAGCGAACAUGCUUUGCAGCAACUUAACGAGAUUGGGUUUUUAAUAUAUAUAUAGAUAUAUAUAUAUAACUACUUCCUGCACUGUAACCGGGGUGUUCUAAAGACACACUAGUCUAAUUUUUGGUGACUGUGCUCCAAAACUACGUGACAUUCUGUUAAAACUUCAGACCAUUCUGAAAAUAUAUUUAAUGUUAAACCUUAGAGACUUCUGAGCAGAUUUCAUAUUCAUGAUAUAAAAAUACUUACUCUUCUUUUCUGAGGUUUUAUAUGCAUUUGUUCUUUUGUUAUAGGUUUUUGCGGAUCUUCUUUUCACUGUUCUUUCUAAAAACCUGUGACUGUCGUAGCCUCAUAGUCUUUUAUAGAGUUUAACUUAUUGGGGGGAGGGACUAAAGGCAUUUCAGCUUUCUGUUAGAAAAUGUGGGGCUGUCCCAGAAAACUAUUUGUAGCCAGAGCAAAUUAUAAAUCCUCAUAAAGAAAUUGUGUCCGAAUGAUUCUUGUCUGAAGCAGAAGCACAAGUGCCUUCAAAGGGCAGUGUAUUAUUCGAGUUUCUUCAGGAGACAGACGCUCUUGCCCUUCCUGUGUCUUGCAAUCAAGAUUUAGGUUGAGGCCUAAAGAAAGUCCCAAUAUAUUCUAUUACUGGGAUUGUAUUGGUCAAAGAAAGCGUAAAAAUAUUUUUCAUUGUAUUUUAUUUGGAAAAAAUAGUCGACUCGUUCCCUUCUGCACUCUUGGCCGCGCUAAACAAACUCAUUGCUUAAACAAAAGAUACGGUUCAGAACUCAACUAGCGUGUCUUCUUCCCUGUCUUUUGAGAGUCGGUUUCAGUUUUUAAUCCCAGUUUGUGUGUUUGAUGCAAUUGUGCCGUACCUGCACAUUUUUAGUGAUAUUUGUGAAUUAAAUGCUUAAACAGAACUGUAACUUUUAUUCAUAAUUUGCCCUUUGUAUUUAUUAAUAGCAAGGGUUUGCGCUUGUUCCAAUAGGCACUGUUUGGUUGGUUGGUUUUUCUCCGGUUGUUUUGCUGUCCUGUUGUGUACAUUGGAACCGCUCCAGGAAUUUCGUUUGAAAUCAGCCAAGGUUGUAAUUUUUCUUCUUUUAUUUCUAUUUUUUGCCCCCCUAACCAUCCCAAAACACAGUUUCAGGAAAGACUGACAGAAGAGUCUGCAAUGCCAGAAGGGUAAAUGACGUUUCACAGUUGUAUAGAAUAAAAGGCUUUAGUUAAAAUAUU